UCAUCUUAACCUACCAUGCAAAGACAUAGCGUUAAAUUAGUCUUGUAUAUUCAACAGGCGAUAUGGUGGAUACCGAGAGAGAACGAAUGUUUAAGGAAUACAAUGAGAUCUUGGAUGGCCUAAAAAAAACGUUCGUGGAGAGAUGGAAAAUGAAAAAAGACGACAGCGCAACGCUGGAAGAUUUUGAGCGUUUCCGUACUCUCGGCGCUGGUGCCUUCGGCCGUGUUAUUCUCGUCAAGUAUAAACCCACGUCCACGUAUUACGCCAUGAAGAUCCUCGAUAAGCGGAAACUCGUGAAAAUGAAGCAGGUGGACCAUACGCGUAACGAAAAACGUAUCCUGCAGUGCGUCAACUUCCCCUUCAUCGUUUUCAUGGAGUUUUGCUUCAAGGAUAACUCCUACGUGUACAUGGUACUACCGUUCGUGAAUGGUGGCGAGAUGUUCACCCACCUUAGGCGCAUGGGAAAGUUCGACGAAUCGUUGGCGAAAUUCUACGCGGCUCAAGUGGCCUUGGCGCUAGAGUACCUACACCAUUGCAGCUUGAUAUACCGAGACCUGAAGCCAGAAAACAUCUUGAUUCAGAGUUCGGGCUACAUCAGGGUGACCGACUUUGGUUUCUGCAAAAUGGUGGAAGGCCGCACGUGGACGUUGUGUGGUACGCCGGAGUAUCUGGCGCCGGAGGUAAUCUUGUCCAAGGGUUAUGGCAAGUCCGUCGAUUGGUGGAGUUUUGGUGUGCUGGUCUACGAAAUGAACGCAGGAUAUCCGCCGUUUUACGCGCAAGAUCCCAUGAAAAUCUACGAGAAGAUUGUCGCGGGCAAGUAUAAAUUCGCGCAUCAUUUCGGCGAGGAGUUAAGGGACAUUCUGAAGAACAUCCUUCAGGUGGACCUAAGUAGAAGAUAUGGUAAUCUCAAGGAUGGCAGCAUGGAUAUCAAACGGCAUCGUUGGUUCCAGUCGAUAGACUGGGUACAAAUUUAUCAGCAGAAAAUACAGCCAAGCUACGUUCCUCGUUGCGGCAGUCUCGGCGACACCAGCAACUUUGAUCAUUACGACGAAGAACCGCUCGAAAUUGACUCCAUUGACUAUUACAACAAAGAAUUUGCUGAUUUUUAGAGCUGUCGAUUUAGCCAUAAAGCCACGCGACUUAUGGAGCGAAUGGAGCGCCGAGUUUCUUAAAAGAUUUUAUGCAUACUACGUUAUGUUACAUGUAUAUGAAACAGAGCGAUAUUAUAUCUAUAUGUAAGAGUUGAUUUUUCA